AUGCAUUUCGAUGAACCUUUGAAUCUUCACGACGACUUUCAGGGUGCUGUCCGAUCGGUACAAGCAGCCGUGCUCUACUUGUCAGAACUCAACAAGACCGUCCUCGCGAUGCAUCUCUUCUUGACCUAUCGUUCUGGACUGAUGAAUCGGAACUUGACGCGGGGAGUGCGUCAAGAGGGCAACCAGCUAGUUUACACUAACCGUCUCAGUCUCACCUUUCACCGUCAACUGGUAGAGACUGUCACCGAGUGGAACCAACUUAUUGAACUUCUUCGCAGCAAAAAACCAGAGGCGAAUGCAGAUAAUUUGCUUUCCUCUAAGUUAUGCAGCUGGGUUCUGGAGGAAACAGUAAAGUUUUGCAAUCACCUGAAAGUCAUUCUCGUCGAUAGCCACUCAGUCUCCUUCUACUCCAUGGCCUGUGCUAUUGAACGCAUUCAUGUUCAUUCAAACCACGUAACCAAGUUGAUCGGAAUCGACUUGAGGUCCACCCUUGACAAUUCUCUGCUCAAGUCCUUGCAGGGUGCUGCAGAAGAACAGCUUCGUGUCUAUAAGGAUGCCCUAGAAUUACGUGCGUCGGUAUGUUAUGCCCUCGUAGUGUUAAAGGCGACGUUCAUAUGCUUUUUUCAUGAUAUACUUAUAUGCCAGUAG